CACAAAAACAAGAACAAAUGUGGGGAAAAAAUUCAAGUGCAGCACAUUCAUUAAUAAUUCCAAACUUGUUUAGUUAGUUAUGUUUGUUUUGGCAUAGUAAUUGACCUGUCCACCUGUUUUUCGCGAGCGAUUCACGAACUUUUAUUUGCUUACAUAAAAUUGCUCUACAAAAAAGUAAUUUAUCGCACUUGUGUAUUGUAAUUUCUUAGAGCCUACUUCGUUAUUGCUUUACCAAAUUAAUAUUAUAUGUCUUCAAUUUUUAAUCUGAACGCUUUUCUGACAAAAAAUGUUUAAUUUUCGACCGCAAGAAUUGACUAAAGUAGAAACUACUGGGAAUCAAUUGAGAGGUAUUCACUGCCCAUCUCCAAGAAGUGGCCAUCGAAUAGUUGUGACUGGUGGAAACGUAUAUUCUUUUGGUGGAUAUAAUCCAAUUUCAGUUGAUGAUGCUGUUGAACAUAUACUCUUUAAGGAGCUCUGGGUGUUUAAUAUUGUUUCAAAGACUUGGAAGCAUUUGAAAACAUCAGGAAAUGCACCUGAAGAAUUAGCUUCCCAUUGUGCUGCAUUUAUUGACAACCAUCUGCUGAUUUUCGGUGGCACAGCUUAUCCGUUUGGUGCAAAAAGUAGCAAUGAUGCUCACAUAUGCAAUUUAAAAACUUUACAGUGGUCAAAACUAGAAACUACUGGCACGCCACCAAAGAAACAGUAUGGUCAGGCAAUGGCUAUAUUUGAAAAUAAAAUGUAUGUGGUUGGAGGAACUUCAGGCUAUGCUUAUUCUAAUGAAGUGCAUUGUUUAAAUUUAGCUACCAAAGAAUGGAGACAGUUAAAUAAAUGUGUAGGACCUUCUCAUUUACGGUCUGAGUAUGAACCUGAACCACGGUAUAGGCACGAAAUUGCUAUUGAAGAUAAUAAACUUUUUGUAUUUGGUGGAGGAACAGCUGCUGAGUCUUUCGAACUAAGUAGGCUUCCAGUAUUUAACUUAGACACAAACACUUGGUUUCAAAUUGCCACAACUGGUGAUUGUCCUGAACCAAGACGUUGCCAUAGCUGUGUGCAGAUUAAGAGUGAUGUUUAUAUUUGUGGUGGGCUUGAUGCAGUGCACAACUACAGCUGCCUUUAUAAAAUUAACUUGAAAACACUAGUCUGGGAGAAACUCAAAAUUUCAUUGCCAUAUCCACUUUACUUUCAUGCUGCAGCUUCAUCAGAAUCCAAUCAACUGUUCAUAUUUGGUGGCGUGAAUGGGCAUGAAAAUCAAAGAACCAACGACAUGUUUUCCCUAUUUCUGAACAUUCCUUCCUUAGAAACAAUAGCCUGGCAAGCUGUUCUUCAUUAUGCUCCUUACCUUGCACUUACUGAAAAACAAAAACUGUUUGAACUAGGCAUACCUAUCAGUUUCUUAAAUGAAAUAGAAUUUGUACCUCCUACGAAAAUGGUGAGUAAUGGUGAAAUGUCAAAAGGUGAUGAGGAGGUAAUGAUUGUGUUGUCUGAAGGUGAUGAGGAUGAUGAUGAGUGGGAAGACCUGUAAUAGUUAAUUAUCUAAAAAGGAAUUUGUGUAAUUAGAUGAAUUAAACAAUCCUGUUACUGAAAUAAAAGUUUAUUUUAAUGCCUUGUUCCAAUCUGUAACAUGUUUACACAAUGUUCUGUAAAAUUUACUGUUGAGUUUGUAAUAUAUUUAAAAUAAACCAUUAAUUAGAGAUUGUGAGCUUGAUCAGCUUGAAUAAAGCAAAUUUUAAGAAUUUUUAGGAUGCAGAUUAAGUAGUUUUGAAUAUUUAGGUGACAAUCGUUGUUGCAAAGAUUAUUUUCAUAUGAAAGUAAAUUUACAUUUUAAGUGUUCUGUAGUAACUGUUUUAGAAGCUGUUUUUGCUGAUUCCUACUUUUAAAGUUAUUAUCACUAGUUAGUAUAUUCUUUAUUCAGUUCUUAUUUCUUAUCUUGUAUAAGUUUGUUAUUUGCUGCAAUGAAUUGCUGGUCAUUUUAUAAAAAUGUUGGCAUUUUUUUGUUGUUUACUUGUUAAAGUUGCUUGUUAUGUUUAAUUUGUACCUUAAAAUAAGAAAGUUAUUAGAUUAAGGUAUGCAUAUACCACUCUCGUUGCAUUUUACUGCUAAUGUUGAGUUUUUGAUCAAAAUAAUAAAGCAUUACACAAAAUUCUCUCAGGGUGCGUAGCGUUUUUUAAAAAGGAAUUAAAGGGGCUUAUUUUUUAUUUACAUUUUUUAAGAGCCCUUAAAGGUGCUUUUUUAAUUCGGGGUUUGUAAAAAGUGCUUAAUUUUCUAUCUUUUAAAAAUAGAUUUUUUUCUUUGCUGUGUCGAUUGUCGUUCUAAAUUACAGAAAAUGCAUGAUUUUCGCAAUUUUCUCUGCAUUAUUUAUCAGAUACCAGUUAUUUUAUCAUGAUUAUGUGAAAUUUGUGAAAAUGUUUUUCUAUUUUAUUGAUUUUAUGUUCAUAAAUUAAGAACUUUAAAUGAUAGAAAGAAAUAAUUUUUAUUACUGCACAGAUCCUAAUUAUGAUUUUUUUUAAUAGUGAUUAAAAAUAUUUUUUGAGUGCUUAAAAAGUACUUAAAAGGUGCUGAUUUCUUGUUGAAAAAUCUGGCUAUGCACCCUGUCUCUAGAUUGUGUGAAUUUUUAUAUCAUUUUCAGUACUUGGUAGUAUUAACUGAAAUUUUAAAUCUUGCUGGAGCUCUUUCAAUGUGUACUUGUUUCAAGUUAAGUAAUAUUUAAAUAAUUCAAGAAUAGAGAGAUUUGUGUUAAAAUUGCCCAUUUUUUCUCUAUGGACUGAGGGAUGGUAUAAAUUCCCUUUAACAGUUUCACUAUGUUUGAAUAAAUGUUUCUGUAUUUUAAAUCACUUCCCGAUCAUACAAAAAUGCAUUUUUAAAUCAUAAUUCUACAUUAAGCUUAUGAAAGAAAACUGAUAUUUGAUCUGACUGUACAAAUUAUGAGGGCAAUCCUAAAUGUAAGGUCUCCUAUUUAGCUUAGAAAUAAACAAUAAAAAAUAAUUUAUUUUUUCAAUAUUUAUAUCAUUUUAAAGGUUGACCAUUUGUCUAAUAUUGUUAUGUUAUAAUUGCAUUUUCAGUUUAUGCGUUUUUGUAGAUGGUGUAGAGUUUUUGCAUGCCUAUAUUAUAAUAGCUCCCCACCAUGUCCAUGUUUAGAAGUGGGGAAAGCAGCAAUCACAAGAGCUUCCCUGUUAAACUGUAUCUCUCUUGCUACAAUCUCUUGGAAACAAUCAAAACUAAAUUAUUACAAUCUCAUAUCCAAGUCAAUAGCCUAGCCUAGCCUAGACUUGGCACCUGGUGGUUAAUCCCUGCUCCCUAAUGUUGGCUAGAAAGAGAUUUGCUGAUAACAGAAAAGAAAAAUUAUAUUUAAUGCUUUCUCAGGUAUAUUGUGGGUAUUCAAUUCCGGUAUUAUAUAGAUAUAAAAAAAAUUACUUUGUCAAUAAAAAUGGACAAAUGUUUGACUUAUAACCUUCAGCAGUCCGGAAGAAUUUCCUAUUUGCUUUCCUAUAAUUAUAGUGAUUAUUUAUAAUUAAAAUUAUAUCAAUAAUGUGUAAAAUAAUUAUUGUAAUUAAAUGAACUGCAAAUCUGAAAACAAUACUGCCAUAUAUGCAGCAUCAGACUCAGUAAGUUCAGGGCCCGACUUAGCCUAAUUAGGGCCCUGGGCAAAAACUUCUUUGGGGGCCCCUUCUGCUUCACUACUUCAGUAUUGAAGAACCGAACUUUUUGGAGAUAUUUAAAUUUUUUACCUCAUUAUAGAUAACAAGAAAAUUGACUAGAAACUAAAAUAACUAUGAAGUCCCUCCCCCUCCAAUGGCCAUACUAAAUAUCGCUCUGUCUAUUUUAUUGACUUUCUGACAAUUCUAUGUCCAUUAUGCUGAAUGCUGUUUUUUUAUUGUUAACUUUGUCAUCUAGCUGCCAAAAUUUCAUAUUCUUGCUGACAUAGGAGCGGGAUUCAGCUAAAUUUACGCAGUGAUGGUGGCUCAAUUAAGUCAAUCAGAAGCCUGUAUUUUUGUAAACAUAUCGCAUUUUGCUAUUUGUAAAAAUGCAGGCUUUUGAUUGGCCAAAUUUGUUAAUCAUAAUUGCUAAAAUUUGGCUGAAUUUCACCCUAGAAAGCCGUGGAUUUACAAAACAUAGAUUUUGUUCUUAGGAUAGAUUAAUGAAGAAGCUAACAUAAAACAGACGGAUUUUACACGGUACUGAUAUUUCAUUUAAAAAAAAAUUCAUUAAAGAAAGAAACGUAAAACAAACUUUCAAUUCGAUUUGGGGCCCCCCUCUGAUGUGGGGGGCCCGGGGCAACUGCUCCAUAUGUCCCUACCUUAGUCCGGCUCUGAGUAAGUUUUAAAGUUCCAUACCGCUAUCAUAGCCGUUCACUAAUGGUUAAAAUGAUGUGAAUAUUGCAGAAAAGAAGCAGUUUUCCCGUUUCUGAACAAACAAGGAGAGUUUACUUUUUGGAUUCUCAUUAUAUUUUAUAUCAUAAAGUUCUUCUAGAAGUAGUCAUUGUAGACAGUUCAUGUGAUCUUCUAAAAUUAUGUUAAUGUUCUUUAGUAAUACCUUUUCAUUAUGAGUGUUUUUAAUUAUUUAUUAUAAGACAAAAUAGCAAUUUCUAUAUUUACUAUAAGCUACUUUAAAAUUAAAAGAAAAUAAAAGCUUUUCUUGUUUAUCCUUUUAACACCUUGUUUAGUUGAAUUUAGACAACCUUUAAAAUAUUUCUAAAAAUUAAACAUGCUGGCUACACUUACAGCAUUAAGCAUUGCAAAAUAAUUUGGUUUUGGAUGUGAGCACAGCUGCUGCAAAUUAAUGACGUUUAAGAUUUUAUCACAUGGUCUAUGCCAUUAAUAUGAAAUGUAGAUCUGAAUCAUAAGCAAGUUUGUAAGUUACUAUGAAUUUGUAAUGUAUAUUGUGAAAUAAAUUAUUUUUUAAAUUAUGAA